AUGCAACGUCACCGAUUCCGGAUUUUUCCGACGCUGAAUUCAACUUUUGACCUUGCAGCUGAGAGUUCGGACCAAGCUAGAUUAUCUUCCGCUGACCCGGAUGACACUUCACCAACACUAGGUGUUCGAAGAGUAAGGGGUAGAGUCAGAGGUAGGCAGACAAGAGGAAGAACGCAGGGCCGUGGAAGGCAUACAGAAACAGGACCAUCUCAACCAAUUAUGGCUGAUACAGCUGAACGUUCGAGACAUUAUAGGGAAGGCCAGCAUCUUCCCUCAAGUGGAGCAGUCCAAAGCUGGUAUCGGUUCUCCCACUACCGAGAGAUGCCAACAGAAGAAGAGAGAUUCUGUUGCAAUCAGAUUCCUCUCAACAGCAUUUCCCGGCGUCAGCCCAACGAUAGUCAAACUGUCUUUGGAUUCGGGGACAAUGAAGAUAACAGCAGAGGGAAAAGGCAUUAGGCAUACAGGCAGUUCAACUUGUGGAACCAUGGAUAAUUGGGAGCUGACAACAGGAGAGUAACAUCGUGUUGCGUUUGAAGGAUAAGGGACAAAUACCCCGAUCCAUUCGGGCAAUACAGGGGUUUCAUGGUUGGGCGACUUGCCUAG